AUAGCUACGUCCCGCCCACCGGCGCCAUCUUCCUGGACCCGGGCGGGGCAGUGGGUUGUACAGCGCCGCUCGGGAAGGAAUCCGGUCUGCAACCCGGACUCAGGGCUUCCUUCAGAGGAGGCCUUUCCUAGGGGCCCAGGACUGCUCCUAAGGACAAUGGACUCCGGAGCUCGCCCAGUUGGUAGCAGCUGUAGCAGCCCUGCAGCGCUAUCACGGGAAUACAAACUUGUGAUGCUGGGUGCUGGUGGCGUUGGGAAGAGCGCCAUGACAAUGCAGUUCAUCAGCCACCGAUUCCCAGAAGAUCAUGACCCCACCAUUGAAGAUGCAUACAAGAUCCGGAUCCGCAUCGAUGAUGAGCCUGCCAAUCUGGACAUUCUGGAUACAGCCGGGCAGGCAGAGUUUACAGCCAUGCGGGAUCAGUAUAUGAGGGCAGGAGAAGGAUUUAUCAUCUGUUACUCCAUCACGGAUCGCCGAAGUUUUCAUGAAGUUCGGGAGUUUAAACAGCUGAUUUACCGCGUCAGACGCACCGACGACACGCCAGUGGUUCUCGUGGGAAACAAAUCGGACCUGAAGCAGCUGCGGCAGGUCUCCAAGGAAGAGGGAUUAUCUCUGGCGCGAGAAUUCAGCUGUCCCUUUUUUGAGACCUCUGCCGCAUAUCGUUACUACAUUGAUGACGUUUUCCAUGCUCUUGUACGGGAGAUUCGUAAGAAAGAAAAGGAGUUAGUAUUGGCCAUGGAGAAAAAGUCUAAGCCCAAAAGCAGUGUGUGGAGGAGGCUGAAGUCGCCGUUCAGGAAGAAGAAAGACUCAGUAACUUGAGAGAAGUGUGAAGUCCCUGCUGUGAACUGCGGUGCUGCCCGAGCAGCCCAGUACCUGCAAUAACGGGCACACUGUCCGCUCUCUUUCCCGCUACUCUGAAUACCACUGGCGAGGGGGCCACUGGGCGUUUUCAGUGACUCUGACCUUUCAGCCCUCAGAGCGCUGCCCACUCCUUGAUUGUCACAGGGGAAUUUGAUCUGCCAUUGUGUUGGUUAUGUUGCUGAUGUAAAUUAAUUUGUGUAAAUUGUUUAUACCCAGGAGAAUAUGUAUACCGUGUGCACUUGACUAAGUUUACAAAAGGAACUUUGCUGUGUAUCCCCACCGUCCUUCAACUUGAGCGUCCUGGGACUGUCUCACAGAAGGGCCUCUCUGCCUUGUUUUUCCACACUGUGUAUCUUGGAGACAGAACAAAAUAUUGAAUAGGGAAACUAAUGAUAAAGAGAUUGGUGCUAAAGGUGA